UUCGCUCGGUAGUCGUCGUCGGAGGCGGUCGUGUUGUACCUCAGUCGUUCGGUGCGUCUUCGCCUACUACUUGGUUUGUACGUACUGUGUGGCUGCAUAUUAUUAGUGUACAAUUACCUAGUGUGAUGCCCGUUGCGGAACCAGAGUCCGGUUUUGUGUUACGACAACCGCGAGUUCUUGUUAGCAGCUCAUGCAAAUCGGAUUUCGCACAUCUUGUAACCUGAUCGUCGCAGGGGUUAUGUGUGUUGUUCUUGGGGACACGUAUCCGGUGAUCGCGCGCAAACGGAUCCGUGUGGCAUUUCGCGUAGUAGGCGGCGGUGAAUGUGCUGAAAAGUAGAAAGUGGUGAUAUGCAAAAAUCAGUGAGCAUUAAGGGGCCUUGAAAACUUACUCAACACACACACACAUAAUUCGAGUACCGCCGAUCGCCGAGAGUCGCAGCGCAGCGUGUUAAUGAAAGUGCUGUUAGAUUGGGUUGUUGUGUGAAAGCGAGAGUCGCCUGCUCGGAUCGGAUUCCGAUCAUUGAAAGUGGACCAGCAACAAUCAAUUAAACGGCUAUUUUCGCGCCCAGCUUUGAAAAAUUCGUUCGGGGUGGUUUCGCGUGCGUGUGUCAACUCCGCAGGAAGUGUGCGCGCACAGCUGAGUGAGAUUUGUGGUUUUGGUGUUUUGGUGGCGGAGAAGAAAGUUUGGCGUUUCCUGUUUUGCUUCUGACUUGAAAAACGUUUUUUGGUCGAAAAAAGGAAAGAGUUGUGUGGCGUACUUUCUCGUCUGGCAGAAACAAAAACAGAAAAAAAUCGUUUCGUCUGGAACGACACGCGCCUGCUCCCCUCGACACACACGCAAGGAAGCCGGCGAUGAGUCAUCGCCUGCUUGGGUCAGUGGAGGAAUUGCUGGGAGGCAGUGUGUUAUAAGGCGUUACAUCAGAAGUCGUACGGCAGAACAUUCGUCAAUUUUCGUCCAAUGGCUGGCGGAACCGUAAUAAUGUGCCGUCAAACUGGACUUGCAAUUAUUGAAUUAGAUUUCCUGCUCGGAUAGACAGGGAGCUUUGUGCAAGUUCCAGCAAAUUACCGUGUGUGCGUGUUCUAUUGGUUCAGACGAGAAGGAGAACUUUUCGGACGGAACAAUAAUUGGCUUGGCGUGUGCUUGGGCUCUAGCUCAUCAUCAUCCCCACCACCAGCAGCAGCAGCCGGUCUGGCCGAUCGGCACCAUUGGCUACGGCAAAGCUAGAACGGUGGCCUUCCACAACGAAGGGGGCGAACGGCGCUGGGUGCGUCAGGCAGUGAUGGGGGUCCUCAGGUGGCGGGACCUGCCGGGGAGUCGCAACUCCGUCAACAGCAGCAGUUCCAACAUCACCAACAACAACAACUCCACCAACAUCAAUACCAUCAACAAUAACAGCGGCGGCAACGUUCGCGUUGAGGUGAGCAAUUUGAGCAAUUUCAGUUCGCGUGAAGAACGAAUCUCGAACCCGCACGGCAGCAGUAACAACGGCGGCGGCGGUAACAACAACGAUGCAUCCAACAAUCUCACCGUACAAAUUCCUCAGCAGACGCGAUCGCUGCUGCGGCACUCGAACAGUAUGUCCUCGAAUCCGCACUCCAACUCGAGCUCGACGCCCGCCUCGCCGCAUCUGCUGUCCAACAGCUCCAGUGGCCACUUACAUCACACGCUAUCGAACGGAGGAUCGCUGCACCAUCACUCGUCGCAGUACCAGAGCCAGUCGUCCGUGAGUUCACAGAGUUCGUCGAUCAUCUCGGCGGUGCCGCCGCUGCAGCGAUUGCUCGAGGAUCACCUCAGCAAACCGGCUCCGUACCAGAUGAUUGUGAUACCAAACAGCGGGGGCUACUGGAUCGAUGGGACCGAUCACGACGCCGGGUACGACAUUCCGUCGCACGCAACGUGGCGGGUGGGAAAGAUCGAGUCGGACGAUACGGCCAAGUGCUACCGGCGGUUCUUUAUCUCGCGGGAACACUCGAACCUGGUCGGUCACGAUGAUCAGCUGGGUCCGGUGCUGUUGUCGAUCAAGUCCGAAAAUGUUGCGAACCAAGAUCAUAUCCGAAUACUGCUCCGGCUACGAACGGGGACCAUGCACGAAAUCAUUCCUGCGUCGUGUUUGGGAUCGAAUCCUUCUCCGAUAAAAAUGGCACGACUGUUGAACGAUCAGAUCAACGUUGACAGCUUCAUGCCGGUGUUGUGUCCGAAGGCAUCCACGUUGAUCGCUAGCUACGACGAGCACGUGCUGGUCACGAACUUCAAGUUUGGUGUUUUGUACCAGCGGUACGGUCAAACGACGGAAGAGGAACUGUUUUGCAACAGUGAUACGACACCUGCGCUGGAGGAGUUCCUAGAUCUACUCGGUCAGCGGAUACGUCUGCGCGAUCACAAGGGCUACCGAGGUGGGCUGGACAUUCAGAACGGACACACGGGCGAUACCGCCGUGUACGAAGUGUUCAAAGAGCGGGAGAUCAUGUUCCACGUGUCCACCCUGCUUCCGUACACCGAGGGUGAUCCUCAGCAACUCCAGCGGAAGCGUCACAUCGGAAACGACAUUGUUGCGAUCGUGUUCCAGGAAGAAAACACUCCCUUCUCUCCGGCUAUGAUUGCGAGUCACUUUCUGCACGCGUUUGUCGUUGUGCAACCGUUGGAACCAAACACACCCAACUGCCGGUAUAAGAUUUCAGUGACCGCCCGGGAUGACGUCCCGUUCUUCGGACCCACCCUGCCCCAACCGUCAGUAUUCAAAAAGGGACCCGAACUCAAAGAGUUCCUCCUGACCAAGCUGAUUAACGCCGAGAACGCGUGCUACAAAGCUGACAAGUUCGCCCAACUCGAACUGCGGACGCGAACAUCCCUCCUCCAGAACCUGGUCGAUGAGCUGAAGGAAAAGACCCGGGACUUUCUCGGAGCCGACCUGCUCGGAGCGCCAACCUCCCCCACCCCAGAAACGCCCAAAUCCGAGGGCGGAUUCACCGGAUCGCGGUUCAUCGACACGGUCAAGAAGGCGCUGAACGCCCGCCUGCGAUCGCAAAACUCCGACCCCACCAACGGAGUCGACUCCACCAACCCAAAGCAUCACAACUCGAUCAAGAAGUCCAAGGAGGUUUCCGAAGCGCCCUGCGGACCCACGGGACAGAAUGUCAAUAUUGGUCGAUCCCUGUCCAAGAGCAGCACGACGGGUUCGCGCAAGUCUCCGAACGAUUCGGUGGCCUCGUCGCCGGACAUUACGUCGCGUUGUUCGCUGAACCCGGGCGGCACGCUGAACAACAACAACACCAACACGGCCAACAACAACCAUCACGGUGGCAGUGGCCAUCACGCCGGAGCACACGGUCCGAAGGGUGGCAGCGGCAAUAACAACAACAACAACAACGGACCGGUGGCCAUGUCCGAGACGAGCGAUGACUCCAGCCUGAACAGCGUCGAUCUGGAUCCGAUGGUUUUCCCAAACGUAGAUGCCGGCGCGACGUACAUAGACAGUGACACCGGGCUGGAAUCGAUGUCGUCGGCGGACGCAACCACGAAGGCGUGCUCGCUGUGUCUGGACGGGGUGGACCGGGCGGAACGGUCGACAAACGGCGGUGGAAGUGUGAUCAGCGUGAGCGUCGGAACGGGCAGCACCAGCGGAGAUAGUACGCGGGAUCUGCGCAGCAGCACCGGAAGUAGUUCCGGAGGAGUGGUGGUCGGAGCGACGACGACGACGAGUGUGACAGGAGGAGGUGGUGGUGGUCACGGAUCGGUCACCGUCAUAACGAGCCAGGGAGCGGUGGUGGUCGGGCCGGAAAUUGUGCAACAGAUGGAUGGGUACAAGCAGGAAAUUACCCGACUCAAGUGUGAUAAGCUGGAUCUCUUGAGGCAGAAUGUGACUUGCCAACGUGACAUCAAGCGGCUCCGAGAGCGUGAACUAUCACUGCAGGGUGAUCUGGCGGCGGCCGGCAAGGAAAUCCUCCGGCUACGUGACCUGCUGAAGGAGUACAUGCCGGCGACCGCAGGUGAACCGAUAUAAAACAGAUAAGCAAACCAAAAACGAAGAAGCAGAAUCCUCCUCCAAACGAAAGUAUUUUUCUGGGACGAAAAUUUUCGAGCUGAAGCGGCAGCGCAGCGAAAAAUGGGCAAACACCACACACGCUAUAAUCGUGAGCAUCGUCGUCGUCGUUGUUAUUGUUGUCGCUGUUAUUGGUCCGCCGAAUCAAUCGCAAACUUAUGGAAUACUACUUUCCGCUCCUCAUCAUGAAGAUGUGUACACUAUGCUAGGAAGAAAAGCAUAUAAAAGUUAUUAUUUUUUGCCCUUUUUUGUGUAUAAAGAUCGUUUAUUAUAAUUUCUAUUUAUUUUAAAAGUACUGUUCACCCCCGCUCUUUACUUGGUAAUCUCUCGUACGAACGAAGAUGGACGCUACCUUUCAUCUUCCGAAAUCAAAGCUAAUUUUAAGGCACAACUCACUUCUGGUAUCCAUCCCACCCCAUUUCAAACAACUCUCUCCGAGACACUCGGAUGAGAUGCAGUCCCGGUCAAACGAAACUAGAACUCACUUUGUAAAUAAAUGUUUUAGAGAGUCUGCUGCUGUUUUCCCUUCUCGGACGCGGACCGGAAGGAAGACUUUGGCUAAAUCAAAAAAGGAACGAGGAGGAAAUGUGUGCGCUGUAAAUGUCAAUUACCUACAUAUUUAUACACUGAGAAAACUUUAAACAUGUGUAAACUGUGUGUGUGUAAGCAUAAUCAAAUCAGAGAAGAGAAGAUAUUUUAACUGAAAUGUUGUUCAUUUUCUUAUUCAUUUUACGCAAACAGAAGUGCAUGUGUAGGAGAAUUUUAAAAAUGUAUUUUUUUUUUCAUUUUCAUAAUUACAAACACUCGACAAUUAUGGGCUAUUAGUGGAGCGUGUGUGUUUAGUUGAACGAAGGCGAAGAGAUUGCUAACCAAAACCAAAAAAUAGUAAACGUUGAUCGAAAUAUGGACAUCAAUCCGAAUGCUACCAGAUGUUUUAUAAGAUUUUAGUGAGUAGAAUAUAAACCAACAAAAGAUACAAAACAUAAAACAAGGAAAUAUCACAUACAAACAAACCCACUUCAAAACACAGAGUAAAGGUAAAAAGCUACAUGUGCAAUACAUAAUUGAACAGACAAAAAUUAUGCCUUUUACCCGAAAACUUAUGACAAAAAAAAAUCUAUCUGAAUUGAAGCUUGUGAAUUUUGAAUGACUUUAGAGAGAAUAAUACUAAAACAAAAGAAAACGUUUCAGUUUGAAAUUUAGACUAUCCCCUGUUUUAGAUGAAAUCUUUAAGAAAUUGAAAAAAAAUCAACAAAA